GGGGCUGAGCACUGCGGGAACCACGGCGGGAUGCUGUGCGGGAAGUGGAGCCUCGUGGCGGAAAUGGUCCUGUUCAUCGAAGAUCUGGAGGAAGAUUUUAAAAUCCUCUGCCUAUGCUCGAGGGCAUUUGUGGAGGAUCGAAAAUUGUACUACUUAGGGUUAAAAGGAUUCUAUGUGAAAGGCAAUGACACCAGCAAUACAGAACAAGCCACAGAGGAGAGGGAAUAUAAUUCUCAUGGGACUGUUGAAUCAGAAGAUGGCAGUACUUUGAAAUCAGAUGAAAUUGAACUGGAUUCUGAGGCCGAAUUGAUGAGAAGCAUGGGACUACCCCUUCAGUUUGGAGGCCUGUCUUCUCAUAAGAAUUUUGAGGUGUCCAUGAAUUCCAGAAAUAAAAAAACUAAAUUUAAAAAGAAAAAGAAAAAAUCUCAAAAGAAAUACUCAGAUGAAAUUCUGCAAGAGUCACAGAAAGAGAUUCAUGAAGAUGAUGACCACUUAAUGUCAGAUGAUCCAGCUUUUGAGCAAUAUGAGGAGACUAGAACAUCUGAACUUCAAAAUGGGAAAGAAGUAGAAACUGAAAAAUUAUCUACUGAAAAUGUAUUACUUCAAAACUUAGAAAUUACAGAAAAAUGGCAAAAAUAUUGGAGUGAAUAUGGAGAAGGAUUGUUAUGGCAAAGCUGGCAAGAAAAACACCCAAAUGAAAUAUUGUCUACUGAACCUUGGAAUUCUCCAGAGACAAAAGAAAAAUGGGAACAACAUUAUAGUCAUGUUUACUGGUAUUAUUUGGAACAGUUUCAGUAUUGGGAAGGUCAGGGUUGGACUUUUGAUAGUUCACAAAGUUAUGACACAGAUAAUUGUGUGUCUAAAAUUGAAAUUGAUGAGAAAGAUGAUAGUAGCAUUACAAAGAGAUCAUUAUUGGACUUAGUUUCCAUGACUAGAAGUGGGGAGGAAAAUUAUGAAGAAAGUUCAUAUGAUAAGCAUCAUGAAGAAAUACUUGACAGAAUUAGUAGCCUAAAUUUGAAUUCAGUGGAAGUAAAGAAUGACAGCUUAAACCCAACUGUAAUUUGUGGUGAUUAUCAGUCGCUGAACAAGGUUAAUGGUGAACAGGAGUGCAGUCUUUCCAAUGAAUGUGAGCCAUGUGAUGGAACAACCAAGAAAAGGAAUUUGUCAGAAAAUAGAAAUACCAACCAAGCAGAUUCACAGGAGACUUCUGGAACAAGUACAAAGAAAGAAGUGUCAUACAGCAAUAGUAAGGAUGGUGAUGAGAGUGAGGAGGAGCCACCUGAAUAUAAACCAGCCAAAUUGAAGAGGAGCCAUGAACUAGAUAUUGAUGAAAAUCCAAUUGGGGACUUUGAUGACAAUGGCUCUCUCCUGGGAUUCCAGCAUGGCUCAGGACAAAAAUAUGGUGGAAUUUCUAAUUUUAGUCGUCGAAAAGUUAAGUACCUAGAGAAAGAUGUGAAGCAUAAAACACAAUUUCUAGAUAUGCGAAGACAAAUAAAUACAAAAAACAAGCAUAUCUUCUUUCCAGAAGAGUCAGAAAGACCAUCUUUCCGGAAGAGUAAGACUUUGAGUAAGGUAGAAAAAUUCCUCAAAUGGGUUAAUGAACCAGUGGAAGAGGUAACAUCACAGGAACUUCGAGAUGAUGCACAAGACACUUGCACAAGCAGUGAUUCAGAAGAACAGGAAAGAUCUGUUAAAAAAUGUGAUGACCUGUUUGAGAUCAGUAAUCUGGAACCUGAAAAGUAUGAUACAAUUUCUUCAACCAAUGAAUUUGAAAUUAAAAAUAAUAAAGACAACAAAACAACCAUAUCAGAAGAACAAAAAUGUGUUCCUGAAAGGCAGCUAGUUACUCUAGAUAUUCCUGAUUAUCUGCAAGUAGAAACAGAUGUUGAAGCAAAGAAGAAGAAAAAGAAAAGCAAAAAAAAGAACAAAACUGUAAAUCCCCUCCCUCCAGAGAUUGCUGCUGUUCCUGAGCUGGCCAAGUAUUGGGCACAAAGAUAUAGGCUGUUUUCACGUUUUGAUGAUGGGAUUAAAUUGGACAAAGAGGGCUGGUUUUCAGUUACACCUGAGAAGAUUGCUGAACAUAUUGCUGGGCGUGUCCAUCUAGCCUUCAAUUGUGACAUUAUAGUGGAUGCAUUUUGUGGAGUUGGAGGCAAUGCCAUUCAGUUUGCCUUAACAGGAAAAAGAGUGAUUGCCAUUGAUAUUGAUCCAGCUAAAAUUGAUCUUGCUCACAACAAUGCAGAAGUAUAUGGAGUAGCAGAUAAGAUAGAGUUCAUUUGUGGAGACUUCAUGCUUUUGGCCUCAGAUUUAAAGGCAGAUGUUGUAUUCCUCAGCCCUCCUUGGGGAGGACCUGACUAUGCUACUGCAGAAACCUUUGAUAUUAGAACCAUGAUGUCUCCAGAUGGAUUUGAAAUUUUCAGGUUAUCCCAGAUGAUCACUAAAAAUAUUGUAUAUUUCCUUCCAAGAAAUGCUGAUAUUGAUCAAGUGGCAUCUCUAGCUGGCCCCGGAGGACAAGUUGAAAUAGAACAAAAUUUUCUUAACAAUAAAUUGAAGACCAUCACAGCUUACUUUGGUGACCUGAUCCGAAGAACAGUGUCUGAAAAAGCAGUUAAAGAUAACUUAAAAGAAGGAAAUGUAGAGUAGUUAACUAGAUUAUCAUUCAAGUCGGAAAACUUGCAUUUUAUUCCUUUAUCCAUCAUGAACUUUAUUUGGCAACCAAGAGUCUCUUUCUAGCAUAUAAAAUAGAGCAUGACUCUUAGGGCUGUUGUCGGUAUUAAUUCUGAGAUUAAAUAACCUCAUAAAUACUGAGAAUUCAUUGGAAUCUUGAACUUCUUAAUAUAAAAGAAGGUCGAUUUGCCUGUGUGACUCACAUAUGUAUACUUAUGGUGUAUGUUUAAGAUUUUUUGUCUGCUUUUGUUUAGCAGCCUUUUGUUUUUUAAUCAGUAUUUUAAAUGUAGUGUUGUUACUACAGUUUUGUUUUUUUUUUUUAAGUUUUGGGGGUUUUUUAAUUACAUUGAAUAGAAAACCUGGUUUUAUUUAAAUUGUUGAACUGCCAUUUCCUAAGCAAAGAAAAAUUAUCUUUAAAUCAAUUGGAUAAAAUAAAAAAUUUUGGUGGGGCAAAGGAGAGCAUUUUAAAUGAUGGAAGUAAUAUUGCUGUAUCCUAAUAAUUCAAUGGCAACUUUUCAUCUUCCAAUUAUAAAAUAAAAUAUACCAACCACA